GCACCUCGCCCUGGGGCUCAAGAGACGCAGGUGCAGAUAUGGAUCGUUAUGUAUGAAAAGGAAAAGUGCAUUUUCGAUUAAAAAAAUAAUGCAGAAGAGAUCUGCAAACUUUAGAAUGGAUAGCACUCAAACAAGUUUUACUGGUCAAAGUGUCUUUAAGGAGCUCACCUUCCAAGGGAGAAUUCCAAGGAGUGUUUUAAACAAGGAAGUACGAAAAACAUACCCUCUACGUGGCCAGUUCUCUUCAGCCAUGAAUGACAAAACCUGCACUGUUGUUCUCACUAGACUGGAGGAUGUGGCUGGACCACGGGUUAUAGAUGGCCAAAUUGGGUCUCCACCAAGUAUAUCUUGCUGGGUGGAUGAUUUUGGAACGCUUAAAGUCCAUACAGGGCUCCCUUCAAAACGUCAAAGGAUUUGCUCAAAAAGAGAAAAAAUCCCUGUGGUCUCCAAUGAGGUGGAUCCUAUCCAUAAUUUCCCGGAACCUAGGCAAAGAAGGUUAGCUUCUCUUAAUGCAGAAGCAGUGAAUAAUCUGUUGUUUGCUAGAGAUGCCAUAUUUUCUGCUAGGAGAGUUCGAAAGGAUUUUACAAAAGUUAGUGGCAAUUUUAACUCUGGGGAAGCUUGGCAAACCUUGAAAAAUCAGGAACAGCAGGUCCUCGGCAAAAAAGCCAGACAAAAAUGCAUUCCCACAAAUCACUUGCAGAAGGAUGUUUUUGAUAAUAAUGUUAAAAGGGACGACUGUGGAGUCUCUUUUCCACCUGCACCAAAGAGAUUAGCAAGUUUAAAUGCUGUAGCAUUUUUUAAACUAACCAAUGAGAAAGCAAAUCAUCUGAAACAGAGGAGUAAAUCAGAUGGUGACAGUCGUCCUGCCAACAGCUUUUCAAAACUAAAGUCUGCUAAAUCUCACAAGAAGAACUGCAUAAAAUCCCAAAAAGAUGUGUUGCAUAGCAAAGUGGAUGAUCAAAGUGAUCGGCCACGGGAAGCUGAGGGUGGGUUUCUUAAGCCAGAGCAUCAAGAUUCUAGUAGAUCUUUGGGAAAAACAGAGAACCCCAAUGUGGAACAGUCUUCCAAUUACCAAGAUGGCUUAGAUUCGUUGUACAACCAAGAUGGCUUAGAUUCGUUGUACAACAGGCUGCCUUUACUAAUGGGUGGACAAGCUUCCAUGAAGGCGGAGUAUGGAAGACCAGGAGAAAAAUCUCCUACUCCUAAACAAGAAUUCCAGCAGCCAUCAUUUCCAGUUCAACAACUUCAUCAUUUGCCUGUUCCAGGCAGCCCCCUGGAUUGUGUUGGUCUCUACAAUUCCCACAACCUAACUUUGGAUGGAAAUUAUAUUUCUUAUGGCCAAAGUGGAUUACCAUAUAAUGGGUACCUGGAUUUAUCUAUGUACACUAAAGAUGGAGUUUUUUCUCAGCCUGUAAUCUAUGAGGAACUCUUGAUAUCAAAGAGUUCUUUACCCUCCACUGCAACACUUGCAUCUUUUACAGCAGAAGGAUACAAAACUCUAGACCAACUCAACAUAGAAAUCGCCACAGCAGGUUACCCUGUUUCUCCUGCUCACCCACUCUCAGGAUGUCCAGUUCCCAGUGUCCCGCCUGCUGCCGAGCCUGUUCCUUAUCUGCAGACUCCCAACUCCGAACCUCAGACUCUGGCUAUGGUCAAGACUGCACGAGAAUGUCCACAGAGCUCCAAACCUCCUAGGGGUUCUAAAUCUGGUGUCAGAAACACACCUGGCUGCAUUCAUGUAACUGACAACAAAGCAAGCAAGGGCCAUAGCCAUCCUAAACAGCAGCUUAUCAGUCGGAGAAGAGCUACAAAUGGCUGGAUGCCCCUCGGAACAGCUUGUGAGAAAGCUGUUUAUGUGGUGAAUGAGCCUGAACCUGCUCUUCGUAGGAGUUAUCAGGCUGUGGAACGCAAUGGAGAAAUCAUCCGGGUUCGAGACACUGUUCUUCUGAAAUCUGGGCCCAGGAAGAAAUCCAUGCCAUAUGUGGCAAAAAUAUCAGCACUGUGGGAAGAACCCAUAACUGGCGAACUGAUGAUGAGUCUUUUCUGGUAUUAUAGACCAGAGCACACUCAGGGGGGGCGCAAUCCCAGCAUGCACCAGAAUGAAAUAUUUGCCUCCCGCCACCAAGAUGAGAACAGUAUUGCUUGCAUCGAGGAGAAGUGCUAUGUCCUGACAUUUGCAGAGUACUGCAGAUUUUGUGCCUUGGUAAAACGUCGAGGGGAGGGUUGUCCGAACAGGAAAGCCUUGAUAGUCCCUCCCUCUGAAGAGUAUUGCACCCCAAUUCACCAUAGGGUGCCAGACACCACAGACCCAGAUCUGGUCUUUCUUUGUCGGCACGUGUAUGACUUUAGACAUGGUCGCAUACUGAAGAACCCGCAGUAACUGCUACUUCAGAGGAAGACAUGGAGAUGCCGGUAGCAACAGCAUGCCGGCCUUCCCACAGCCUAUGACUGUUUCAAACAUCUU